AUGACAGUUGCCUUUGGAUCAGUUGUUUGUGUUAUUUUCCUUGUCCACACUUCUGAAGGAUUACUAGAGCUGCCGCCCUGCAAUGAUGAACUAGGACAAUUUGAUGAAUUGAAACGCAGAGAGCUGGUCGCUGGGGUUGAAACUGCUGUGGCAUUUAUCAGCCCAUCGUAUCGUUGUAAAUGGCAAAAGCUAGCAUAUCUUUACCUCGCCUCUAACGGCGGACAAACUUACAAGAGACUUGCCAGUGCGCUAACCCCGGCUAACCUGGUUUUGAAACCAAUCAACUUUACUGUAACGAAACUCAGUGCAGAAAAAGUUUCUGACAUACUGCAACCCCUUGCUGUUGAUAAUGAGGUGACCUAUCCCAGCGAGUUUGGCUGCUAUCUCGAUAGGACCAGGGCAGUCUGUGUGUUCCUACAAGACCCUCGCUUUUCACUCAAUCUUCUAUAA